AUAGCGCGUACUGUAUAUGUAAACAAACAGUUGUCAGAUUUUGACAGAUGAGACCAAAGUCUAACUCGGUACUUCAAAACAUUGUCAAGUGUGGCAAUUUGUUUAAAAAGAAUGUAGACAGUAGAAAAUAUUCCACAAUGCACAGUGUACACGAAUACAUUGCUCCGGAGUGGGCACGACAGUUGAAAAAUAUACCCAAACAGAAAAUGCAGCUUGCAAACAUACCCACCCCAAUCCACGAAUGGCGACUCCCAGGAAUUCCGGAAAAUUUCCACGUCUCCAUCAAAAGGGACGACAUGACUGGCAGCACCCUCUCGGGCAACAAGGUCCGCAAGUUGGAGUUUUUAAUGGCCGACUGUCUGACUCAGGGCUGUAAGCACGUAAUCACGUGCGGUGGUCUGCAGUCCAACCACUGCCGCGCCGUUGCAACGUGUGCACGGGAACUUGGAUUACAACCCCAUCUAGUUCUUCGAACAGAUAUUGAGGACCCAAGCUCUGUGAGUUGCGAGGGCAAUCUACUCUUGGACAGACUGUGUGCGGCGAAGAUCUACCUCAGCCCUCGACAUUCACCAUAUCUUACACACCUGAAACCGCGCAUGGACAAACUUGCAGAAAACAUUGGGGCAGAGACCGGAGAGCGGUGUUAUAAGAUCCCUGUUGGUGGAUCCAACUCCCUUGGCCUGUGGGGCUACAUCAACAUGUUCUCCGAGCUAGUGACGCAGGGCGCGGUCGAGCAGUUUGAUGACCUCAUCUUCGCAACCGGGAGUGGAAGCACCGCUGGCGGGCUAGCGAUUGGCAACUACUUAACUGGCUCAAAACUUAGGAUACACGGGAUCUCGGUGAGUGAUGACGCCCGUUAUUUUCACGCGCAUUGCCAGGAGAUGCUGGACGCUGUGGGGCUGCACGUGCGAGCCGAAGAUAUUCUUGACGUCAUUGACGGACACAAGGGACUUGGCUACGGUAUCUCUACACAGGAAGAGCUCGACUACAUUUUGUCGGUAGCAAGCAGUACGGGAAUUAUGUUAGACCCGGUAUACACGGGGAAAGCGGCAAUAGGACUGCAACGGGAGCUGAAUAACAACCCAGACAUGUUUAAGGGGAACAGAAUACUUUUUGUACACACUGGUGGUGUGUUUGGACUCUACGAUGGCAGAAUCAACGAUACUUUAAAAGUGAAACGAAGCUCGACUGAUCAAAUAUUUGGGUGGAAAAACUUGGAGGAUUUCCCCUCAUAAACUCAACUUCGUCUAUCUAUUUGUGUUUUUGGUGUAAAUUACUAUUCAUGAGCACCACAACCUAUUCAUUGGCACCACAACGUUCAGAAAAUCGAGCAUAGUGCAGCAAGUAUAACAAAUAAAGUUCUAAAAUUUGUAACGCGGCAACCUUUUGUCAAUAAAAAAGUCACACACAUGUAAAAAUAAAGCUUAAACCUAAGGUACGAGAACAAUUCUCACAAAAAUCCAGAUUUUUACGUUGUCAACACUAACGUCUAGCAAGUUCUGCAAGUUCUAGACGAUCAGAUAUUAAAUUUUAUUCAAAACUUUUACAUUAAGAACAACUCAUGGCCAUUCCUAUGUGGAACUACAUUCUCCAUUUUUUAAUAUUUACUCGCAUAAACCUCUAAAAAUGAAAAAUAAGAAACCAUACUCACUGUUUACAUCCAUAUUCCACUCAUUGGCACUAUAACGGAAGACGCGUUGGAGCAUUUUCAACACAUAACAAAAUGUUAUGGCUCCAAUAAUCACCCGUCGUGUAUAAGUAAUUGUACCUCAAGUUUCAUAGUUAUGACCGAAAUAUGUCUUCAUUUAAGGCCCUUGAGCGAUUUAGAAAAAAAACAACACCGGAGGAGCGUUGGCAUGUGAAGGUGCUUUUGUUGUAAAUUCAUGCUCUUUGAGUUACAAACGCUUUUGUGUAUUUUUGCAUUUAAUGGCUUAUUUUUCAAACAUUUAUGAAAACAACGACGAUAAGUCAGAUAAUCAAUUUUACAAAAAGAUCCAAAUUACCAUACAAAGUUUACAUUGUGAACCUGAAACGUGAGAAGAUGCAUUUAGUAGCGCGCCUUUUUAAAGCAAAUGAAGUUGUCGAUUUUGUUUACCAAACAUCGGCAACACAAUCCGUUGCCUGAAGUUAUUUCAAUACCUAGGGACCGGGAAUUAG